GCGCCCUCGUGGAGCCGCCGGAAGCGUUGCGCGGAGAAGGGAGAGCUCGGAGCGGCGGCAGUAUACAUGAAGCUCAGGAUCUGAACCUGAUAUGACUGACCCAGACGUCCUCACUGAAGUCCCAGCAGCCCUCAAACGCCUUGCCAAAUAUGUGGUUCGUGGUUUUUAUGGCAUUGAACAUGCUUUGGCUCUGGACAUUCUCAUCCGGAAUCCCUGCGUGAAGGAAGAGGACAUGCUGGAGCUCCUGAAGUUUGACAGGAAGCAGUUGCGGGCUGUCCUCAACACUCUCAAGGGUGACAAGUUCAUCAAAUGUAGGAUGAGGGUAGAGACAGCUCCAGAUGGCAAAACCACCCGUCAUAACUACUACUUCAUCAACUACCGCCUUCUGGUUAAUGUAGUGAAGUACAAGCUGGACCACAUGAGGAGAAGGAUUGAGACCGAUGAGAGAGACUCCACCAAUCGCGCCUCUUUUAAAUGCCCCAUUUGCUUCAGCACUUUCACAGACUUGGAGGCCAAUCAGCUGUUUGACCCCAGGACAGGAACUUUCCGCUGUACUUUCUGUGAGACUGAAGUGGAGGAAGAUGAGUCGGCGAUGCCCAAAAAGGAUGCCAGGACACUCGUAGCAAGAUUUAAUGAGCAAAUUGAGCCUAUCUAUGCACUGCUUCGGGAGACGGAAGAUGUUAACUUAGCCUAUGAAAUCCUCGAGCCAGAACCCACAGAGAUUCCUGCCCUGAAGCAGAGCAAGGAGCGUGCUGCUGCUGCUGGUUCAGGGACAGCUGGCCUUACAGGUGGACACCAUCGGGAAGCAUGGACUACAAAAGGACCCUCAUAUGAGGACUUGUAUACCCAGAAUGUUGUCAUCAGCAUGGAAGACCAAGAGGAUAUUAGCCGGUCUGCAAGUGAAGGGAAGCCAGCUAGAGAGAGGCCAAUUUGGCUGCGGGAGAGCACAGUGCAGGGGGCUUAUGACCCUGAUGAAAUCAAAGAUGGUGGCCGGGAUCUGGAUGCAUUCCAGGAGCGUGAGGAAGGCCGAGCAGCGCUAGAUGACAAUGAGGAGGUGAUGCGUGCCCUGCUUAUCCAUGAGAAGAAGACACCCUCUGCUUCAACAGUCACAGUUGGAGGUGCAGCUCCUCUCUCCGGUACCAAUGCCAGUGACUCCGAGAGUGAGACAAGUGAGUCAGAGGAGGAAUCCCCUCCUCGCCCUGCUGCUGCAGCCACCACAACAUACGGGCUGGAGGAUGAUGAGGAAGAUGAAGAGUUUGAGGUAGUGGCAGAGGAUCCCACUGUCAUGGUGGCUGGGCGUCCACACUCCUACAGCCAAGUGAGCCAGCGCCCUGAGCUGGUGGCCCAGAUGACUCCAGAGGAAAAAGAGGUUUAUAUAGCCAUGGGUCGGCGUAUGUUUGAGGACAUGUUUGAUUAACUGCUUCCUGCCAUGGCAUUUUUUUAAAACAUGAAUUUUUAAGCUAGAAACUCCCUAGUAAAACCAGACUGAAAUGAAUCUUUUCUCCCCUGCCUGCAGGGACAUUGGGGCUUGGACUUUCUAAUCUCAGGCAUCUUGCCCACCAAAGAGGGGCAUCAGGAAGGCUGCAUGUGCCAAAACAGGAAUGGGAGAUUAAGAAGUGAGGAAGUUUAUGAGGGAAAACUCUGCUUUAAGGUGCCCUGCACAGGCACUGGGUUAAAUCAAUGCCUCCCCCCCAGCUGUUUUGGGUCUAUUUUUGUUGCAGAUGCUAAGAAAUUCCACAUCUCUGCCCUCAGAGGAUGUGAGCGCUCUGUUGUCUGAGCAAAGCAUUCUGCAGUAGAGGGUAUAAGUUAUAUUACAGCUGCCUGUGCUGAACGGGGCAAGGAGGGAGAGCAAGUCUGCUGAUGUGGUUGGGCAGGGCUUGUUUGCAGGCCUGGGCACAAAUAGCUUGUAUCUAACUUCCUGCCAGCGACAAGUGGCCACAGGACUGGUUAUUUCUAAGCAGCCCUGUGGGCAGCAACCUGUGUUAUUUUUAUUGCUCCUGCCUUCUUGUUUCUAGAUCUUUUAUAGAGGGAGGUUGCAGUCACAGCCCUGUCUGACUCUGCAGUGUUUCCUGGCCAGGUUACAUCUGCAUUGGUUUCCCAGAUAGUUGAACCCCCCCGGGGAGGGUAACUGGGGAUGUUAAUUAUAACGGAGCAAUGGCACAGCUGGGUGACUUGUCUGUUGUAGGUAGGGGAAGAAUAGGAAGCAGAGUUCUGCACCUCUUCCUUGGUGGUGGUUGUAAGAAUGAUCAGUUUUUAACCUGUGUUUCAGCCUCAGUGUUUUAGAGCUGAGGAAUUUCACUUCUCAAAUUGAAAAGACAAAAGAUUUUCCUCCUUCUGUCAGCUCCAUCCUUUACACGCAAGCCUGUGUAACUGUAGGGAUCUCCUAGACCAGCACCUAGAGCAUGACUUGCUUCUUCAGAGAUGACGAGUGUCACUCUCCUGCAUUUCAGUUGGAAAUGUUCAACACCUCUAGGUCAGAGGUAACUAGAAGUAUCCAGAGUGAAAGCCUUGGCAGGCACAUACAGUCACUCUCAUAUCUUUAUCUUUGUAAAGAAAGCCCCUCAUGGAUCUAAGCUGUCAGAGCAUUCUGACUUACUAGGAGAUCCCUUCAUUGUCCAGUCCUGCUGCCUAUUAUUUCUCUCUAGCUGUGCCCAAACUCCGAUAUUGAAGACGGUUCACAGUGGAUAGGGCUGUAACUAAGCAGUACCAGAAAACUAGCACAGCUAGGUUUUACUUUCAGUCACACUAGGGUUGUACCAUUUUAAAAAGAAUUAUGCCGUUUUGAAUUCUGCUUUGGCACGUUCUGUUACCACAGAAAAACAUUUACCAGUGCCUACAGAGCAAUAUCAUCUUUGUAAUGUGUUCUCUUUCAACGAAGUGUUGUUGUUUUAAAAUUAUUGUGUUUUCCUAUCCAGUGCUACAAUAAAACAAAACGAUGAAAGAAUUGUGUGUUGCAGAGGGUAGGGCUGGUAUCAAGUGCUGUUCAAUUUACACAGGCAGGGUGGAUUUGCUGCCCACUGAGACUGUAAAUCUGUUUUAUACUAACUAGGCUUUGUAUGUUUUGCUAACUUGUAAUGCCUCCUUUGUGGUUUUGUUUUCAGCUUCUUGAUAUUUUGAAGCUCCCUUUUUUUAAAAUAGUGUUUUAAAUUUGCUUUUAAGUCAUUUUAAAGAGGAAUAAAUAAACUGAAACUUCUCCCCA